CCGAAAUGUCGUUUUCGGUUUUCGUUUAUGUUCCGGUUUUUUUUUAUCAAUAAAUUAAUUUUUUGUUAAAUCAUGGCGUUCAAUUUUGCGGCAUUUUCUUAUAUUAUUGCCUUGAUUGGAGAUGCCUUUUUAAUAUUCUUCUCGCUAUUUCACGUCAUAGCCAUUGACGAACUGAAAACUGACUAUAAAAACCCAAUAGAUCAAUGCAAUAGUUUGAAUCCACUCGUCUUGCCAGAGUACAUUCUUCACAUGUUCUUCAACUUGUUGCUGGCGUUUGCAGGCGAAUGGUUCACUUUUUUCAUUAAUCUACCGUUAAUAUUGUACCACAUUAAUAGGUACAGGACGAGACCAGUUAUGUCCACUGUUGGCAUCUACGAUCCAACAAGUAUUAUGAAUCAGGACCAAUUAACAUUGUGCCAGAGGGAAGGAUGGAUUAAGCUUGCCUUCUAUCUCAUAUCUUUCUUCUAUUAUCUAUAUGGAAUGAUUUAUGUGUUGAUCGCGUAGAGCAGUUGAAGGAUUCAGUCAAGUCACCCCAAGAUCAAAAAAAUAUAUUGUUAAGAAUUAAGCAAGCAGCAAAAAGUUGAGUUUUAGGAUUUCGGUUCUAAAAUUUCACAGAAUUAACAAAAAAAAAUACGCUAACCCACUGAAAUUUUAGAACUGAAUUUUCCUGUCUCCCAUUUUGUGAACUUAGUUAUUUAUUAUUAGAUGUACGUUUUCUUUUUUUUUUCAUUUAUGUAUUAUUUAUAAAGUCACAGUAGCCAUAGAAUAAAAAAAGGGAGCCCUUCGAUUGUAAAUAUAGGUUUAUAAUACACAUAAGAAAAUACUUUGUAUUUUUAUUUACUUUGUGAUUUACAUUAUUAAAUCAAAACAAAAUAUGCUUUAUUGUCCAAGAAGUACAUCUUUUUGACAUAGCUGACAUAGUUCUAAGGUAAAAAAUAACCAAAUAAAAAUUAAAAAGCAAACAAACCAUUGGACCAGGAGUUAGAUGGAUAUGAGUAUGCAAAAUGUGAGGACCGCUUUUUAUCAAUGAAUAGUAGCUGAGGAAAGUUCAAAAAUUAAUAAUCUGGUUCUUUCGGGUUCAUUUUUUGGUCCAUUUUUUAAAGCCCCUCUUUUUUUACCUGUAUACAGGAAAUUCAUGGAGCAUUAUGCUAUGUGUGUGAUUUCAAUGACUAUGAUAGUUCCAAUUCAGUUUUCUCUUAUGGUGAAAGAGACAAAAGGGUUUUAAAUGAAAAAGUCUGUUAAAAUGUGCUGUUACUAGUGGGAUUUGAACUCACGACCCUGGGUUGCUGCCCUCUAGAGGUAUGGUGACCUAGCUAUAGCAGCGCAUUUAUUAUUAAUAUUAUUAUCUGAAAAUGUACUAGAGCAUGGGGCUGGAAUCCCAGAAGUCGGAGGUUCAAAAUCAACAACAAAGAAACAUGAAGUAAAAAAAUAAAUAAUUUUAAAAGAGUAUUCUGAAACAUUUACAAAAGGAAACAGCAGAUGCAAGUAGAAAGAUAUUGGAAUGAGACAAAUAAUUGGUAAUUUUUAUUUAGACAAUCAUUAUUCAUGCUUUCACAUAACACAAUGCAAUACAGGGUGAUUCUGACUUUUUACAACUGCAACACAAUGAUUCUGGCAAAGGCAACGUGAUCAUUUGGGUAAGAAGUUACAAUUAUUAUUCUCUUCAUAGCCAAAUGAAGAAUAGUCGAUAGGUUCUAAUUGAAUUUGAUGUGCAUUUUUCCAAAUAAAUGUUUGUACUGUAGCCCUGAACAAAUGCAAAUGUAAAGUAUCUGACAUACAUAUUACUUUCAUAUAAUAGGGUACUUGCGUCCAUUUUUUUUAUUGCUGAUUUUGUCUAUAAAAAAUAAGUCAACACAUGUUUUUUCUUUUUCUUCUUAGUCAAAAAUUGACGGAGAUACAACACUAUGAAAUAUGCCUAUGACAUCAAGUAACGAUUUUUUUUCGAUUUCCUACAGUUUGCAAUAAACAAUAAUCAAUUUAAUUUUCCAUGCAAGUACCCUAUUGAAACAGUGAUUGAAGCCGAAACCUAUGUUUUGGGAAAUCAGCAGUUAGUGGGGGCAGUGACAACAAAAGUAAAUUUAUUCAAAAUUAACAAAAUUUCUAUUAGUUCAUUUUGUUAUAAUUAAACAGUUACCGAAUGGAAAUACAUACUCAAGAUUUUUUUUUUGGAAAAAAUCUCUGGGAAUGAUUUUUGUAUUUGAUUUUAAUUGUUUCGAUUACAUCAGACGCAAACCAACAUUCUGUAAAAAAUAUUAAUUAUUAAUACACACAUACAAAUAUUAAAAAUUCCUUAAUUCGCUAUUUUUAAAGCCUAAAAGAUAACAUAAUUCUUCUGGCAGUAUAUCAUAGGCAUUUCAAAAACAGAUACUUUUUUUAUAAAUUAUAAAUAACUUCCGAGAUAACUUCCUACAUUUAAAUAUUUUACAUUAUAAAAUAAUUGUAAAGACAUAAUCUUCUAUACCUAUAUGUAACGGGCUUUUAAAAAAAAAAAAAACAAAUAUUGCUCGGAUGAAAACAUAUAUCACAUUAUUGUUUCUUUAUUGGUCAAAAUUUUUGACAUAACAUUUUGACAUUAAAGAAAAAUAUUGCUGAGACAUGUUUAAAAAAACAUAGCAAUUUUGAUUUUGAACACCCCUUAUAAAUAUAAAUUAUUAUUUUCAUAUAGAUAAAAAUGAAUAAUAGAAUAGGUAAUUGAGAUAUAAAUAGUAAUAAUGAUUUAUUAAUUUACAAUAUGGUAACAAAAUUUUAAACCUAAAUUACAGAAUUCCUAAAGAAAUUUUUAGCAUUUAUCGCAGUACAACUUUGAAAAAUAGAAUUAUAAACUAAAUAUAUCUUUACCAUCUUAAUUGUUUUAGAUUUUUGGAAGCUUCAAUGGUAAAUACAUAAGACUAUUUAAGAGUAUAUAUUUUUGAUAUUUUUCUUUUUUGAUGACUCAAGGACCCAAAAUACAAUUCCAUUUUGCCACAAUACAAAUUAGUAAUUACUAAUUGCCAAGUUUACCAAGUAACCACUCUUCCGUGAAAUCGUCUAGCUCUCUUAUUUCAUAAGCCCGAGAUAAAUCGGCUUCUUUUUGCAAAGCCAAUUUCGAACCUGCAUACAUCAACUGAAGCUCUGGAUGACUGUCUUGAGGUGUGAGAAAUAUAAAACAUAGAGGAUACGAUAUUCUACCGUCUUUGUGUUCUUGCUUGUAAGAUAAAACUACAAAGCGAGGCUGGUGACUGGGCAAAUUUUCCUGUAAACUUUCGAUGCUUGUAUCAUCAAGUUGUUCAUCUAGGAUUAUUUGUUGCUUUUCGCGGUCAACUUUUA